AUGCGGCAGGUACUUGAACAGAGCGAUACGAAACAGUUUGAAUUCAGCGGUCAACAUAUCAAAACGAACUUGUACCGAAUGAACCUACGAGGGGUUUUCGUUACCUCUCUUUUUGCUCUCGCGUCCUCAUUUUGUGUGACAACGAACGGGGAAUAUGCUCAACGGCAACUAAUUCUAGGCGGACAAGUCGUCCCCAGCGGCACCAAGACGUAUAUCACCAGUCUUCGGGCAACUCCUGAUGGUGAUACUAUCUGUGGUGGCUCUCUCAUUUCUCCUACGCAUGUGCUGUGCGCGUCACACUGCGUACCUUACGAUAUACGUUGGGUCUCUAUUGGUACGCACUAUCGAAACGGUACUCAAGACGGUGAACAGAUUAGAGUUGUGGCCGCCAUGAGCCAUCCAAAUUACUCGGAGAACGUCUUGUACGCGGAUGAUUUUUCGGUGUUCGAGCUAGAGAGACCCAGCAAAUACAAGCCGAUUAAGAUGGCUGCUCCUGACGACUCUGACUUCAAAGCAGGCAAGUGGGCUGUUACGAUGGGAUGGGGAGUGGAUGCGGAGGUGAAUGGCACUUACCCCUAUGAGCUGCAGCGGGUAAACAUUCAGCUAUUAAGCGAUAAGAUGUGUGCUUCUGUUGUCAACAUUGAUUCCAGUAUGGUGUGCGCCGGAGGUGUGUUGGGUCAAGACUCUUGCUUUGCCGAUUCAGGAGGCCCAAUGAUUCUUGAAGGCUCUAGCAGCGAUAGUCUGACGGAGGAUGUGCUGAUCGGUAUCGUGAGUUGGAGCAAAGACGACACUUGUGGAAGAGAAGGCUAUCCUGGUGUAUACUCUCGUGUGUCGAAUGCUCGGGCGUGGAUCCAUUCGAUCACGGGUGGCAAUGGUACUUGUCUUGUUUAG